AUGGAAGAUAGAAUUCACCGGUAUGUGAUGGGAUUAGAACCGGAGUGGCAGGAGGCUUGUAUGGCCGUGGCAAUGCAGCCGGGAAUGGAUAUAGCUCGUGUUCAGGCCUAUCCUCAGGGGUCAGAAGAUCGAAAGCGUCAGCGAGAGGCCACCUCAGAGCGGAGCGGUGGCCAGCCCAAGAGGGCCAGGGCAGAGCAUCAGAGUACAGGCCCCACCAGAGGCAGCAGACCCCAGCACAGCGCACCCUCGCAGUUUCAUGGGUCUCAGCGGGGUAAGGAGGCCUUCCCUAGACAGAGACAAAAUCCUCCUUAUGCGUCAAGUUCUCAGUGGCCUGCGGGGUCAGGGCAGGAGGUGAUGCCCCCUCCUCGAUGCGCGAGUUGCGGGAGGCGUCAUGUAGGACGAUGUCGACUAGGUGUAUGCUAUACUUGCGGGGACCCGAGCCACUAUGCUAGAGACUGCCCGCGGGGCAGUGCCAUUCCUGGGAAUUCGGUAGCAGCGUCGUCACCUGCAGUAAGAGCCCCUGAGACGGGACCCCAGACAUCUUCUGGCCGAGGUAGGGGCAGGGGUGGAGCGCCUAGUUCCAGUGCAGGGCCACAUCGUAUUGAUGCUUAA